AUGGUUAAGGGAAUCUUCGUACCGAUGAUGCCUUUACACGACAAUCCCAUACCUACACGCGAUAUUCCAAGUGUAAGAAAGCUGUGCGAACUUGCUGGGUUUGAGGGUUACAUGUGGUGUGAAUUGAAGAACACCACUCGAGAGUAUGCGCAAUAUAAUUACAUAAGUCGAAGCGGCAUCCACGGAACUGGUUUCAGAGAUUGGGGUUCACGGACGAUUCGAUAUGAACUGGGCCUAAUGGCCCAACACUUUCUUGAUGUAGGAGGUUACGGCGUCAAAUAUUGGGGUGCGCCGACCAGACGUGUAAUACAAUAUCCCAGGGACAGACUUCGGAUCAUGGAAAUACUCCGACAGCUAUUCUGGCGGCAGAAUAGGCAUGGAGUGCAAGCUGUAGAGCAAAAGAACCGGGCCCAGAACGGGCUAAAGAUCGCUCUCAGUGAUCAGGGCUCCACCUCCCGAGGAGUCAACCCUACCUCGGGGCAUCAGCAGCUUAUAGAUAUUCAACGGCAGCAGCCUGGCCCAGGAACACCUCCGCCUCGUCCUACUUCAAGACAAUACUUUCCUCCAGAUCUAACCGUAGCUAACUAUGGGGGUCUUCCCUUUCACUCGACGCCUUCAGACUCCGAGUUCGGACAUGGUGAUGGAGUGUGGCAUGCUACGACUAGCAAGCCUCGAGAGAGCCCUCGAAAUCAUUGGCGAGCAUGCCCUGCUCCGAUUACCCAGAUGGGGCUUCAGGGCCCUCUAGCAGGCAUACAAGCCGGUCCCGCUGGCUUCCCAAGCCGACUUUCACUGCGGAAUUCGGACCUAGCGAGAAAGCCGAGCAACAAUGGCGAAGGUGAUGAUGAGUCUGUGCCCAUACAGGGGUCAAAUAGAAAGCGAACUGCCUCGCAACAGCCAGACGCACUCCACAAGACACCCAAAUCCAUGAAGUACAAGAACGAAACAGAGGAGUCGAGCAUCGUCAUGGUGAGUGAUGAGGAUUCGGACACACCGUUAGCGUCCUUCUCUAGAAGCCGACACCGAAGGUCGCCUGCGAUAAAAGUCGAAGACGCUUUCACGUCGCGGCCGACAUCAAGGCCACCGGAUGACGGUGCACUGAAUCUCGACAUCUUGGAAUAUGGUGGCGAUGGCCAGCCCCUAUCUCGGCCAAACGGGGAGUCGUUGAAGUUUGCUGAUGAACCUCCAUACUAUCCUGGUCCCGGACUCGCGACAAAUCAAUCAAUCCUAUUAGAUAGCAGUGUGAUCGAGGAGCAAAAUCCCCUUUCACUGCCGAGUCUGAUCGCUUCAUCGACAGCCACAAGGGAGCAACCUCAAGAUGCCCCCAAACCAGAAGUUCAAGUACAAUACUUCAUCAUCACAGCUCGCACUCCUCGUCUUUCCUAUACUUUGUGGCCCGAAGGAACACUUCGAGCCAAGAUUCUUGGCGGAGUCUUUGACGAGGUUGCAUCAUAUACUUCGAAAAAGCGUGUCGAAGAAAUCGUAUUCAAGCUGUCCACUUCACAGGUGGAAAUGGAAUACCCAAUCCGGAGAGGCGACAAGAACACCUUUGAAGACAUGAGAAGAGCAUUUAAUGAGAGUCUCAGGGUGGAUAGGAAGAAGGGCGUCACCAAAUUCAAGAUAUGGUUGGAGCCGGAUCCUGCAGGGCAUGGGUUGACGGAAGCUGAAUUGGUGGAAGGAUCGAACAGCGAGGAUGACAUUGUUUGA